AUGCAAGAACAAUUAUUUUCUGAAAAAUUAAGUCACAUUAAAAACAUUAUAAUAGUAUUAUCAGGUAAAGGAGGAGUUGGUAAAUCAACAGUUUCAUGUCAAUUAGCAUUAACAUUAGCAAAUAUGAAAUAUAAAGUUGGUAUUUUAGAUGUUGAUAUUUGUGGUCCAUCUGUACCUGGUAUUUUAGGUGUUUCAAAUAAGGAAAUUGUUCAAUCACAAGAUGAAUUAAAAUGUAUGAGUAUUGGAUUUUUAUUAAAAAAUAAAGAUGAUGCAGUGAUAUGGAGAGGACCUAAAAAGAAUUCCAUGAUUAAACAAUUUAUUCAAGAUGUUUGUUGGAAAGAAUUAGAUUUUCUAAUUAUAGAUACACCACCUGGUACAUCAGAUGAACAUAUUACACUUGCAGAAUUAUUAAGAGAUUUUAAAAAUAUUAAUUCAAUUAUUGUAACAACUCCACAAAAUGUUUCAACUAUUGAUGUUAGUAGAGAAAUUAAUUUUUGUAAAAAGUUAAAUAUUCCAAUUAGAGGUAUUAUUGAAAAUAUGAGUGGUUAUGUUUGUCCAUGUUGUAAAGAAAUUACUUUUAUUUUUGGUAGUGGUGGUGGUCAAAAAUUAUCAAAUGAAUAUAAUAUUCCAUUUUUAGGAAGUAUUCCUAUUGAACCUGAAUUGGCAAAUGCUGAAGAUAAUGGUAUUAAUUAUAUUAAGAAUUUUUCAAAUUCUGUUACAUCUAUGCAAUUUACAAAUAUUGUUAAUAUUAUUUUAAAUUAA